GAUUGGUAGGCGAUGGAUAGAUGAUCAUGAUGAUGAUAACAACAACUCAUCCAGCCUCGUUUUAUUGUCCCCGUUUCCAAUUCCAUUUCCAAUCCUCAGUUCUCGCCAUCACUCUCGCUCGCCGUUUCUCUCGUUGUAUGGUCUGAAACUGAUGGCAGUGCUUCGGAUAGGAAUGGCCACCGUCUCCGUCUCUGCUUCUCCUCCUCACUGCCGUUCUCUUCUCUCCGUCCCUUCUCCUUCUCCUUCUCCUCCUCUUUGUCGGCGUCGUGCUCUUCAUUUACUUGGUCUUGGGUUUACUCCUUCACGGGUCAUGCAUCGUGUCUCGGCUUCACUGACGUCGUCGACGGAAGCACCUGCUGCUGCCUCAGCUCUUUAUAAAGGAGUCGAGAAUGUUGUAAUCAUAGGAUCUGGUCCAGCUGGAUACACUGCAGCAAUUUAUGCAGCUCGUGCGAACCUAAAGCCACUAGUAUUUGAAGGGUAUCAAGUGGGUGGUGUUCCAGGAGGACAGUUGAUGACUACCACUGAAGUUGAGAAUUUUCCUGGGUUCCCGGAAGGAAUAACAGGUCCUGAUUUGAUGGACAGGAUGCGACGGCAAGCGGAGCGUUGGGGUGCAGAACUUUAUCAAGAAGAUGUGGAAUUUGUUGAUGUCAAAAAUCGUCCAUUUACCAUUCGUAGCAGUGAGCGUGAGGUGAAAUGCUACAGUGUUAUCAUAGCAACAGGUGCUACAGCAAAAAGGCUCAGGUUACCUCGUGAAGAUGAAUUCUGGAGCAGAGGAAUAAGUGCUUGUGCAAUAUGUGAUGGAGCAUCACCACUUUUUAAAGGGCAAAUUCUAGCAGUUGUUGGAGGGGGUGACACUGCUACAGAGGAAGCAAUAUAUCUGACCAAGUACGCUCGCCAUGUGCAUUUACUAGUUCGUAAGGACCAAUUGCGAGCAUCCAAAGCUAUGCAAGACAGAGUAUUCAACAACCCGAAUAUUACAGUGCACUUCAACACAGAAGCUGCGGAUGUCGUUAGCAAUAGCAAAGGGCAGAUGUCUGGUAUUUUGCUAAAGAGAGUCGACACAGGAGAAGAAACAAUUCUUGAUGUGAGGGGCUUAUUUUAUGGUAUUGGGCACACUCCAAAUAGCCAGUUGGUUGAAGGCCAAGUUAAGCUUGAUCCUUCAGGCUAUAUCUGGGUCAAGGAGGGCACAGCAAACACCUCUGUUGAAGGAGUCUUUGCCGCUGGUGAUGUACAGGAUCAUGAAUGGAGGCAAGCCAUAACAGCUGCUGGAUCUGGAUGUGUUGCUGCUUUAUCAGUUGAAAGAUAUCUAGUGGUCAAUGAUCUUCUUGUUGAAUUUCACCAACCUGUAGCUGAAGAGGUGAAAAAAGAUCUUACAGGUAAGGAUGUAGAAAUGGGUUUCGACAUAUCCCUUACGAAGCAUAAGGGUCAGUAUGCGUUGCGGAAAAUAUAUCAUGAAAGCCCAAGGCUUAUAUGUGUGUUAUAUACCUCUCCAACAUGUGGUCCAUGUCGGACUUUGAAACCAAUAUUAAGCAAGGUCAUUGAUGAGUUUGAUCAGAAUGUACAUUUCGUGGAAAUUGACAUUGAAGAAGACCCGGAAAUUGCAGAAGCAGCAGGAGUUAUGGGAACACCAUGCGUGCAAUUUUUCAAAAAUAAAGAAAUGAUCAGGAAUGUAUCUGGUGUAAAAAUGAAGAAGGAAUACAGAGAAUUCAUUGAGGCAAACAAAUGAAUUGAUUGAAGUGAGGCUAUGGUAUAUGCCAGCGUUGGUAAUUUAUUCACAUUAACAUUUUGAUAAUCCAAGAUUGCCAUUUUAUGUCUUUUUUCUCCCAUGAGUACUUUGAAAACUGAAAAAAAAAAUGCUACAACAUUCAUGAUCUUGAAUAGCAAUUCAGGCAAAAUUAAUUCAGUGUUCCAUAAAUUCGUAGGUGAUCAUUGUGAUGUGUCCCCCAAUUAAUCUCCAUUAGAAAAAACACAUACACAUAUAUCAUCAAUUAAUUUUGAUAGCCAUCCUGAAUGUU